GCGGAUCGGUUUUCAAUCACAAUCAAAACAAUGUGCUCGGAGCCAGUAUAACGAUUUAUUCACGUUUUGUUCUGCGGCUCUCGUUUAAGUGGUAAUUUUAAAACUCAGUUGCGGCUUACUUAAAAGAUGAAACAUUUUUCAAAGAAAACGUCCCAUCAAUCUUCAAACGCAAUGAAACCUGUCGAGCUCGAUUACGAUUCGAUGGUCGAAGAUGGGUUGGACAAUGAAUCAAUUGGUGAAGAAGAUCUGACACAAGCCAACAGCGGAAGCGAUAGUGGACAUCAAAGUACAGGUGGGCGCUUCGUUAAGGCACCUGUAUGCAAGGUCAAUGAAACGGGCAAAAUGAAACGUAAGGCGGAGGAUCCAGAAUUGCAACAACAUAAGAUGAAAGCAAUGAAGCAGCUGUACAAACCUCCGACGGUGGACGAAAUUAAUCGUCUAAAGGAAACGGAAAACAUUUACCAUUCGAAUCUGUUCCGUCUUCAGGUUGAAGAAAUGAUAGAUCAGGUUAAGGUGAAGCCAAAAGUUAUGAAUUACGUGGAACGAUGGCUGAGUGAUUUUCGGAAGCUUUUGCGUACCAUAAAAGAUGCCGAUACCGAACGGGCUCUCGAUGAUAUCCAUUAUGAGGGUAUAUCUUUUCCUCCAACGCUUGCGGAGAGUACGACUAGCAUUGGAAAAGAAAAGUUCAUGUUUGCUCAGCAACGCAUCGUUCGCCAAGUUGGAGCGACAACUUUAGGUACCAGUUAUGGAAAGCUGCUAACCGUUGAUUUGGUUCUGGACAUUCCAAACAAAUGCUUUCGAAACGAGGAUUAUUUAAACUUAAGAUAUCACCUCAAAAGAGCACACUUCCUUUGUCAUCUGGCACAAGGGAUAGCCAAACAGAGUAAAUAUCAACUCGCACAGAACAUUAAAUUCGUAACACUUAAAGGAAACGUUCUGAAGCCAGUGCUGGAAUUAACACCCAAGGACGAGAAAUUUGCUAACCGUGUCAAGUUUCUUAUUAAUGCUGUGUCAUCGGAAAAGUUUACAUUAAAACGCUUUUCACCUGCAAAAAAUAACGUAAGACCAACGUUGAUUGGAGAGGAAAGCUUAGACCCCGUGUUAUAUCCGACACCACACUACAAUGCUUCCAUUCUGUAUGACAUGCGUGCCGUUAAGAAUCAAGAAUUUUUAGAAACCAUUAUCGAUUGCGAUAAUGUUCGACAGGCCAUCGUGCUACUGAAGAUAUGGAUUCAUCAACGACGUUUUGAUAUUGGUUAUUACGGGUUUGACGGUGCAAUCGUAACCUUUUACAUUGCCUAUUUGAUUCAAAAUCGAAAACUACAUCGGACAAUGAGCUGCUAUCAGAUAAGUCGUCUGUUCUGGAACCAGCUUGCCAACAGCAGCUGGGACACCACUGGCAUAACGAUGGAGUCCACCGCUGUCACUGAUCUGGCUGAUUAUCGCAAAUAUUUUGAGGUAGUUUUUCUCGACAGCUCAGGCCUACUGAAUAUAUGCGUUAACAUGUCUGCUGAGUUGUACCGUCGCGUAAAACAAGAAGCUGCGACUGCCAUUCAAUUGUUGGACACCGAACAACUCAACAGUUUCAUUCCGUUGUUCCUUUGCAAAUAUCCUGUUUACACACAGUAUGAUCAUAUUCUUAGCAUCGACAAACGCGACCUGAUACGAUCAGUUGUCGAAACAUUUGGUUCCGAAGAAGAUAAAUUGGACUACUUCGGCAAUUCGUACGCACAUUUCCGUAAAAUGAUCUAUCAACUGCUGCGACGUGGCUUGGGAGCGCGGGCAACCUUUUUGGUUCCGAUUCAGUUGAAGGAUACCGAUGCAGAACUCAGCCUUACUAUCGGAAUCCUGUUGAAUCCGCAGGAAGCUUUCUCCGUUGUUGAUAAGGGUCCAGAAGCAAUAGAUAAGGCUGCUUCCGAUGAUUUUCGACAGUUUUGGCGGGGAAAAGCGGAAUUGCGACGCUUCAAGGAUGGCUCUAUCACGGAAUCAUGCGUAUGGGGAGCAUCUUCUGAUCCCAUCGGAGAGAAACGCCUUAUUUGUCGUAGAAUUGCCCUUUUUUUACUGAACGCACACUAUGAUAUCAGUGAGCAAAAGGUAACCUACGCUGCUCAUCAGUUUGAGGUAUCCAUUAAACCGGAAGAUAGUGAACGGCAUGAGACCAUCGAGGAACGCUCACUAGCCUGCAUUCGGGCGUUCGACGAUUUAAGCAAAAUUUUAAAGAAAUUGGAUGGCAUUCCCUUAACGAUCAAUGGAUUGGUUGGAACCGACGCAGUAUUUCGCUACACAGAUCCUGAUCCCCCGAAAGCUACAGGGAAAGCCCUACUUGUCGACAACCAGAUAAUAUUUUUGGCGUCCCAUGUCAACAACGCAACAAUUCAACUCGAGACGAGUAGCAAGUGGCCCGAGCAACUGGAAGCGAUAAGACGUCUGAAGGCGGCGUUUUACCUGAAAAUUGCAGACUCAAUUAAAUCCAACGCGAGUCUUUCGACACAAAUGGCCGCGCAAGCAUAUGCGGAAUAUUUGGAUAUUUUCUACGAAAAGUACGUUUUCCGUUUCCACAUUGUCCAUCACCGGGAAAUCACACUGUUACGGGAGUAUCUCUCGGAAAAUCGAGUUACUAAACAAUAUCGCGAUACGGAUCGUAGCAUUCAGUUGGAAAUGCAAGGUACCAUUAUGCCCAAACUGACAAGCAUUCUGCACGGCUUACAUCAGCAACAUUUCUCUUUCGGAUCGGUGGCGGCCAUGGCAAAACGCUGGCUUUACUCGCAGUUGAUAGAUCCAUUUCUGUGGCCGGACGAGUGCACGGAACUAAUGUUGGCCUCUCUCUUCGAAAAUCAGGGCCCGAUGGUGCAGCCACAGGCGGGAUUUCUUCGAUUUCUAGAGUAUUUGGCUUCUACGGAUUGGAGUAAAGAGCUGAUUUUACUGAAUUUCAACGAAGAAAUUUCUGACGAGAAGAUUGAGGAACUGGAGAAGCAAUUCACCGAACGUCGAGAUCUCUUUCCACCGCUAGCUAUAGUGACGUCCUGUGAUGGGGAUAAGUAUGGACUGUUUGCCAAAAAUGCACCCAGCCAUGAAGUACUCAAUAGAGUAGUGUUUCUAGCAAAAAACGUCGUCUCGAUGAUAGAGGAUGAUUUCAACGUUAUCAGAAAUAGAGUGCACAUAUUUUAUAAACCGUCGUUCGUUGGAUAUGAUCUAAUUAUCCAUUUGGACUCAACUAUUGUCCCGGCGGUAGGAAUCACUGACAUUGAAUUCUACACCCGAGGCAAGAGAGAAAGUAUGAUAGCAGAUGAAAGCAAGCAUCCUGCCGCUGGUUUCAACCCGGUACAGCUCUACCUGACCGAGCUAAGGGAUGGCUACAGAAAAUUUGCCAUAUUUUUCUACGAUCACUGCGGCGGCGAUCGGAUAGCAGUUCUGUGGAAGCCAGACGCACUGGAAGAAAAAACGUUCACGACAACCAACGUGAAUGGAUGUGUUUUAUCUAAGACGGGCACCGUGAAAUUGAACAUCGAGGCUCUAAUUAAAGAUUUCGAGAUUUUGGGCAAGGGAUUAGUUCGCAGCAUAAAGCGUAACAAUUGAGCAGAAAAUAAAACACACUCUUUCAGCGCA